UGUGACCUAUCAGUAAUUAAUGGGACGGCUCCAAUGUGGAUUUAACUUUCAAAAGGAAUCGAAACUCACUAAUGGUCUCUGACAGGACGCCGUUGGCGCGCGUAGCAGAAAUAAAGGCACCCUACAAUCUUGCCGUUGCUAGUAUCGUUGAUAAGUCGACAGCCGAACCGGACAUGCCUGGGUUCCAGGAAUACCUCGGUUUCCCUCGCAUCCCUGAGUUUCUUCAUGUCCUCCGCUGUUAAACAGCAUUGCGGAAGCAUUUGGUUGCGGACCCUUGAGCUUGGCCGUCCUUGCAAACGACUUGGACGCCGUCAAGGAUUUGUUGGCAAAAUCCCCCUCUGCAAUCUAUGAGCGUAACGCCAUGGGCCAGACGCCCUUCCACCUCGCAGCAGAAAAUCCUCGUUGCUUGGGAGUGCUUAUUCGCCAUUCAGAGUCUUCCACGUUGAUCAAUCGGCCAGACAACCGAGGCCAGACACCGUUGGCCUACGCCGUCGAAUGCAGCCUCUCCUGCUGUCGCAACGGGACUCGGCGCCGCAAGUGUUCCCGGUGCAACUGCGCAGACUGUGCAUUGAUCCUGCUCAAAGCCGACUGUUCCGUCCCUUACGAUCGGUUCUGGGGGAUAAUAUUAUCCCGGUCGUCGGAAAGGUGCGAGCGCAGAUACAUUGCCCAUUUGGCAAACAGGCGUGAGAGGCUCAAACAGCUGGCCUUAGAGCUCCUUACAGAUUCCGAGGCACAGCGCCUAGGGCUCCGAGACACGAGAAUGCUCGACUUCCACGCCGAAGAAACUGUCAAAUUGAUACAGCAGCAAGGGGUGCGCAUCCCGGAUGCACUCGCCAUUACCCAGGGGGAAUACCGCCCGAUAUAUCACGAACGGCCUCAACCCCACCACGCCGACCUUCUUUUCAGGUCGGGUUUCCGCGACGUAGAUAUUGGCCAUGAUCACGAGACCACCCCACUGGCGAGGGCAUCCAGCGAUUUACCAUACUGUCAGUGGCUUAUCGAACAUGGGGCGGAUCCCUUCCGUCGAUUAUCAGGCAUGCCAGCUUCGCUUGGCGUGUGCAGUGCGUACCCCAUAUUUAGGAAACUUGGGUGGAAGAUAAGUAAUUGCCCGGGCAAACCUCCCAAACCUCACGUAAUGCGGUCGAUACAAGCACUCAACGCAACCAUUCUCCCAGUCGACAUUGCCGACAAUUGCCAGUGCAGAUGCUCGCCUGGUGGUUGCAGCCCGUUCACUUACAUGCUGCAAGGGUUGUGGUAUCGAGGGAAGCGGCACCCCAAGAGCAUAGCUUCUUGGUUCUGCUGGUACCUGGAAUCUUUCGAGGCGGAUCUUAGGCCGACGCACCACGUUGCCGCUAUUCGAUCCCUUACAUUCAACACUCUAGAUAUAUUGCAUACGUGCUGUUAUCCAGGUCCUGAAAAAGCAUGCGGCCACUCGCCAGACGAUGUCCACGACGUGGAAGAAGAAGAAGAAUAAGCUGCAAUGUUGGAACUGCUCGAAGAACUGGUAAAAGUCUUCGAGCGCCGCAUGGCCGUGAUUCUCGCGGAGGACACCGGCGGCGCAUCUAGAUUCAGCGAAUUUUGGCAAGGAUACUGGGUGGAUCGGAUGGACGCCGAGUUAGCCCGCCUGAACGGCAGCAACCUGUCCGAAGAGGAAAGACGGAAAGCGGAGGAGCUCGGCGUCGUCUGGCACGAUCA